GAUGAAUCAAAUGAUAGGAAAAAAAUUAAUUAUUACUUAAAUUUUUUGAAUAAGACGAGCAAUCAAACGUGUUUUAAAAAAUCAACCGCGUCCAAUAUUUAGCGACUGAGGGAGUGUAUCUUUCCUCUACCUUUUCCCUCAGGAAUCGGAGCGAAUUAAUCCGCGUAGUCUGCCGCUCGAGCCCGCGAUGCUCGGGAUAAUCCUAGGGUUUCCGCCGCCUGUAGCUGACGUUCCCUCUCGUCGUGAUCUUUGGCCUAUAAAUAGAGUCAUCUCUGCUGAUCGAGCGCCGAGGCAAACCCCGGCCGCCCAUCGAGCUUGGACCUCGCCGCAGGAUGCCGUCCGUCGUCGUGUUUGUGCUGCUAGCGGCGAUGCAACGCCGCUGUCUAUCCCUCUACGUUGCCGUUCUCAUGCUCGUCUGGCUCUUCUUCGCGCCGCUCUCCGUCGUCGCCGGCAGCCUUAUCGCCAUCCCCAGCGCACUCGACGGUAGCCGCACCUCUCACCGUCGCCCUAUUGAAAAUCCACGGUUCAACGUGACGCUCUGGGAGAAAAACGAGAUCAAUACUAGACCUAAGGCGUCCCAUGGAUUUGACGAUGGUGACGAAGUCUCCUACACCGUGGCCAUGCCCUUCAUAGAGAAGCUUAGGCGGCGAUGCGCCGUGGCCACCGGCGGUAGCCAUCGUCGCUGCGAUGCCACAGCGAUCAGGCAGUUUGAGGAGGAUGUGGCUCCCUGCCUGCUAGAGGGGUUGAAGGUGAACAGGGAGUUCAGCCACACAUUGUCUAAUUUGGAUUAUAGUAGAUGGCUGGGCCCCUAUUAUCUGGAUUUGGCCGUGCAGCAAAGGUCCCAAAUGAUGAACUUGUUUUGCAUGAACAAACCCAAUGUUUUAUCGUGCUUAUGCUACCUUAAAAUGAUCAAUUAAUGCUUUCCACAUAAAAUGCGCAAUGGUAUUUCUCAUAUCUAUAUAUUUAUUUUUGGUCC